UUAUUAUUUAUUAGCUAUCUGUGAGAUUGUUGGUCGUUUAUUGGUGUUAUUUAUGUUUUUUACCACAUUUAUUUAUAUUUGACCAUUUUAUUUUAAUUCCUUUAGUUUCGUUCAAACUCAUACUAUGAUUCUUUGGAUACCUCUCUCAGUGAACAAUCAAUAUGGGUGACCUGAGUGCCUCUGAUUGUUCCUGGAAGAAAAUGGUCUUGUCGAAGUCCGAAAAUAAAUGGAGUUCUAUGAUAAAAUCUGAAUCAAUAAGAGUUGAACAGACGAUGAACACUAACAGUUUCUCUUUAAACGACGAUGCGUGUAAUUUUCCUGCUGUAAAAGUAGAGAGAGAUGACAAUACUUCAAUGGAAAACUAUAAAUUUGUCAUUGAAGAAGAUGCCUCUGUAAGCACUGAAGAUGAUCCCUUGAUGACCGAUAAUUCGGACAUUACUACUGAAGCCAAGUCGGUGCGGGUUGGUAGACGAAUUUCAGGCCCUAAAAAUGAGACUCCUGAAGAGCGUACAGCUCGUCUAGCCAGGAUGUCGGCAUAUGCUGCUCGUAGACUUGCAAAUGAAACUCCAGAGCAACGGGCCGUGCGUCUCAAACGCAUGUCAGAAUAUGCAGCUAAGCGCCUUGCAACAGAGUCGAGUGACCAGAGAGCUAAAAGAUUGGCAAGAAUGUCUGCUUAUGCGGCCCGCAGACUUGCUAAUGAGACAACUGAGCAAAGAGAAGCUAGACUAGCUAGAAUGUCUGCUUAUGCUGCUCGGAGACAAGCCAUGAAGAAAGCUACAGCUGCUAUUAAAAAUAAUAUAUCCAAUCUUUCUGAUUCUGUUUAUGAAGGAUCUAACCAGAGUUAAUAUUAUUACACAAGAACCCAAUCCAUUUAAUAAUAGCAUAAAAUUAUUUUUUUAUACAUACAUGGAUUUGAUUUAUAUAUAGAAUUUUUAUGGACUUAGAGAGUUGGUCAUAGGCCAUAGGGCAUAAUAUAUACACAUUCUGUUUAACCAUGAUAUAUAUUAUUGAUAUGGACUAUUUAUAAGCAGAGAAUAUUUUUGUGUAAUUUGUUAAUUUAAUAUUUACAAGGCUACCAACCGCUAAGCAAUAAUACCACUAUUUUUACCUGCAAUACAUUUUUAUAACCAAGUCUUAAAUAUAAAUAAAUGCAAUAAAUAUAUAAUUAAAUUUAAAUUUUGAUAGUUGGUUGCCUUACAUAAUAAU